AAAUCAAUAUGGCCGACAGUAAAAUAGAGAAACCUCAUUCUAUUCCGGAUUCCGAAAGCCGGGUUUGUAACCAAAAAAUGCAACCGUCUAGAGAAGCUUGUAAAUUAGAAUCAAGAUCCUGUGGUGCAUCGGAUGGACCCAACGGAGGGUUAGACCCCGAACCACCAAGCAUUCCAAAGAGAAGACAAGAGCUACUGAAGUGGAAUGGCUGGGGUUACAAAGAUUCCAAGUUUUUUGUCAACAAAGAUGGACAUGUGGAGUUUACAGGAGAAAGGUAUCGGAUCAGUGGCAGCACCAUGCCAGGACUACGGGACUGGAUGAAAAAGACAAUUGGGAUUUCACUUGAUCAUAAAACACCAGCACAGCCCGAGAUUUCAGCUGCCAAUAUUCCACUACCCAUAAAAAACGAAGGAUUUUUUGCAGACCUGCGCAAAACUACAAUAUCUCAUUCAGAUGACUGUCAAGAUAGGCUGUUUAGAGCUCAUGGUCAUACGUUACAUGAAAUAUUCCUGUUAAGAGAGGGCAAAUAUGAACGUGUACCUGAUUUAGUCAUUUGGCCUGCCUGCCAUGAUGAGGUUGUGAAGGUUGUAGAACUGGCGUGUAAACACAAUGUGGUCAUCAUUCCAUUCGGAGGUGGUACAAGUGUGUCCAAUGCUUUAGAAUGCCCAGCAGAAGAGAAAAGGAUGAUUGUUUCAUUAGACACAUCGCAAAUGAACCGUAUCUUGUGGGUGGAUGAAAAGAACAUGACAAUGAGGGCUGAGUGUGGUAUCAUUGGACAAGAUCUAGAAAGGAAGCUGGCAGAGAGAGGUCUGUGUACUGGGCAUGAACCAGAUUCCAUGGAGUUUAGCUCUCUGGGUGGAUGGGUGGCCACCAGAGCCUCUGGGAUGAAAAAAAAUAUUUAUGGCAACAUUGAAGAUUUGUUGGUCCAUGUGAAGAUGGUAACACCUCGAGGCGUCAUGGAGAAAAACUGCCAGGUCCCGCGCAUAUCCUGUGGUCCAGACAUCCACCAUUUUAUACUAGGCUCUGAAGGUACACUGGGGGUCGUGACAGAGGUCACUUUAAAAGUUCGGCCCUUGCCACCUUGUAAAAAGUACGGCUCCAUUGUGUUCCCAGAGUUUGAGUGUGGAGUCAAAUGUAUGAGAGAAGUAGCCAGACAGAGAUGUGCACCAGCUUCUAUUAGGCUAAUGGAUAAUGAGCAGUUUCAGUUUGGUCAUGCCUUGAAGGUUGAGUCCAAUUCAAUACUGACCAAUUUCAUGGAUGGUUUAAAGAAACUGUACAUUACCAAGUUAAAGGGCUUUGACCCAACUAAACUUUCAGUGGCAACUCUUCUGUUUGAAGGCACUAAAGAGGAAGUAGCAGCUCAAGAGAAACGUGUUUAUGAGAUAGCAGCUAUGUUCAGAGGUAUCCCUGGUGGAAGUGACAAUGGAGAAAGAGGAUACAUGCUGACCUUUGUGAUUGCAUAUCUAAGAGAUAUUGCAUUUGACUACUAUGUUGUGGCUGAAUCAUUUGAGACUUCUGUCCCCUGGGACAGGUGUUUAGACCUGUGCCAGAAUGUCAAGGAAAGGCUACACAGAGAGUGUAAAGAUAAUGGCAUACAGUUUCCACCUUACAUCACUUGCAGAGUCACCCAAACCUAUGAUGCAGGAGCUUGUGUUUACUUUUAUUUUGCUUUCAACUACAGAGGCAUUAGUAAUCCUGUGCAUCUGUAUGAGCAUAUUGAGACUUGUGGUCGUGAAGAAAUACUGGCCAAUGGUGGUAGCAUAUCUCACCAUCAUGGAGUUGGGAAAAUCCGCAAACCGUGGCUAAGGAAAACUGUUGGAGACGUUGGUCUAGGCGCCAUGCAAGCAAUCAAGCAAUACAUCGACCCGAACAAUAUUUUUAGCAACAAUAACCUGAUGAUUGGCCAGAGCUUUGCAGGGAAUGUCAGGCAAGAGCCUGAGAAUGUGUUACUACCAUCAAAACUUUGAGCCGGAACUUGCUCGUUAACUGGUUAAACCAUACCCGUUAACUUAUUUAAUUAGCAAAUCUCUGUGGAACAAGCUAGAUGAAUGUUGAUGAUUAACAAUUUGCAACACAACCAGCCAAUACAAUUUUAAUUUUUGUGCAUGUGGUAACUUGAAAAUUAACUUUUUGUUUAGCCAAAAUAUUUAAUUAUUUGUGUUGUAGUAAAAUUUGUAAUGGAACAACUAAUUUCGGUCUUCUUGCUUGGUUGAACAGUCAAAUAUUGAGUUAAACAUUGUUUUUUUUUUAAAUUUGUUUUGUUGUGAAGUCAAAUAGUUAAUUGAACAGCUUUUUUCGGAACUAUUUUUAAUAGUUUGGCUGUAUAUUUUGAUUAAUAGUAAAAGAAAAUUGCUCCUGAAGGUUUGCCAAAUUUUUAAUUCAAUAAAUAUCAGAUCACAUAUUUUGUACUCAGGUGAAGCUCCAUAUCUCUGUUCUGAUCUUUAAUUAGACUAUAGCAGCAGGUCUUGUCUAUAUCUCCAAUUGCUAGAUGUGUAUUUUCGCCAUUUCAGUAAUGUUUAUUUUUAACCUAUGGUUGUUAUUAAAUUAUUGAAAGAGAAAAUUGGACUAGAAUAAAUUUGAACUUUUUUUAUCUAUAUGACACAAGGACUAAUUUCAAAUCAAUUAGUGGAUUGUUUUUUUUUUGUUUUGUUUUUUAAUUGUUAGAAUUUCAAAAUUUAAAGUUAAAACUUAAAGAAUCGACAAAAUAUAACAUCCGAUUUAUUAAUAGAAUUUUUUUAAAAAAGUUGUUGUGUAUGUUGAAGAAGUUGAGUGAGUACAGGCUUUUACAGAGCAUCAGUGAUACAAAACAUGCCAGUAAAUAAUUGCUAUGAGGUUGUUAAAAUACUUAAUAAUUUUUUUUAGCAUUUUUAACUAUCAACAUAAAUAUAUGCAUAAUUGUAUGUUCAGAAUUCAUAUCACUAGAAAUCUCAAAGAUUGGAUUGUAUUGAAUAGAUAGGAAUUAUUCAAUACAUUUUAUAACACAGCAAGUAAAUGGUUUCUUCUAGAAAUUGAAUGAAUUUCCAGGGAUAAUGUUUAAAAUGGUAGCUGAACGCAUUGCUAGCUAAGCAUAAGCUUGUUUACACAAUUAUUGUUUUAAGUUUGUUGAUUAUCUAUUCGCUUUUUUUACAUUUGUUUUAAAACGUCAUUUAAAAAAUGUAGGUUUUUUAUUUAUUUUUGGUAAAACUGUUUUAUAAAAUUUAAACAUUUUUGUGUGAUGUAAUCAUGAAUUUCACUAAAAAAAGAUUUCAUAAACAGUUUUUUAAACAUUUCUCUUGCAUUAAAGAUUUUAAAAUUGUUAAGAAAAACAAUAGUACUAACUUAGCAGGAUAAAAACAUAUAAUUUUAAGUGACUGAAUUGGCUCAUUAGGUAAAGGGUAACUACAUAAUUCUCUCAAUGGCCACUGAAAUAUUAAUCAUACUUUAUUUACCCAAUGAAUUUCCUGAUUUUGUAGAAGAGGCUUGUAGUGUUUUAUUUAUAGGCCAAUAUCUUGGAAUUUUUUUUAAGCUCUGGUGUCACAAAGUCAUGGUCUAUUCUAAAACAUUUUUGUCACUGUCAAACUCUGGAAACUGUAAUUUAUUACUGGUCUUGGGAGAUUUUUCUCUAAAUUUUUAAUUCUGUAUGCCAAACAUUCACUAAAAUGCAAAAAAAAAAAAAUUCAUACAUUUUUUUUUUUAAAUCUUCACAAGUAAAUCAGAUUCAUUUUGUAAAUUUGCAUAUGAUUCACAAGGAAUAAAGAUGCUUAUUUCAAAAACUAGUGGUGUUUUAGUUAAAAAAAAUAAAUAAAACCUGACUUCUAAUUUUAAUAACUUGCCACUGGCCAUAUGACCAUUGUUUUUCUAGUCACAUGACUUUUUUUUUAUUUCUGUGGAGUCAUGUGACUUUAAUCUACUGGAGCCAGACUAAACAAAUGGUAAACUAUUGUAUGUCUGUAUGUAGAGUGUGUGCUCGUAAUAUGAAAUAUCCUUCAAUCUUUUCAUCUUCCUGUACUGAUUUUUUAAAAACAUUCUCCAUUAUAUAAAAAA